AUGUCUGCCGCCCUUGACCGACCACCCGCCGCCCACACGUCGACUAAUUCCAAGACAAAACAGUCGGUCCAGGUACCACAGCCAACCUCGGUGCAUCCGCAGACGAAUCGAUCGGCAAGCGAGACUGGUAGUAGGCCCGCAUCAGACACAAUGACUCCUGUCAACCGUAAGAAGCAGAAAAGACGGCAAAAACAGGCAGCGCGCCUUGCAGCUGAACAGCAAAAUCAGAAUGGCGGCCUUCCAACACACUUACCAGGCGAUACCCACUACCAAAAAGACCAGUCUGAUGACGAUGGUGACAUCUACGAUCAUGACGAUAUCGAUGAUGAUGACGAGGAGGCUAGGGACGACAGAGACAGCAACUUCGCACCUAUGACUAAUGGGAACGGGGCGACCAAGACAUCUAAAUCGAAGAAGAAGAAGAAGUCGAAGACUCGAUCUGUUUCGCAGACAUUAGCCGAUGAAAGUUCCACGUCCCAUUCCGCGCCUUCUGCGACAACGAAUCGAUCACAGCCACCUUUAUCAUCUCUACCGGUCAGCCAACCUGCCAGUAAACCCAAGGAUAGAAUCUGGAAUACGUCGACUCAAGAAGAACGUGAAAAUAUCAAGAAAUUCUGGCUGGAACUUGGCGAGGAUGAGCGACGGGCCUUGGUGAAAGUAGAAAAGGAUGCGGUAUUGAAGAAAAUGAAGGAGCAGCAAAAACAUUCCUGUAGCUGCACUGUUUGUGGACGGAAGCGGACGGCAAUUGAGGAAGAGCUUGAGGUAUUGUACGAUGCAUACUACGAAGAGCUUGAACAGUAUGCGAACAACAACCAAGGAACUUUCGAGAAUGGCGCUCCUAUCAUUCCUCCACCACGAUUAUACCACCACAACCUUCAUUCCCUUGAUCACCGGCAUACGCAUACGCAUUCACACCCACACUCGCAUUCGCAUCCGCAUCCGCAUCAUAUCCACCAUCAUCAUCAUCACCACCCAUCUCAUGGGAGGGUACAUGAAAUCCCGGAAGAUGAAGAUGACUUGGAGGAUGAUUACGAUGAAGAGGAUGAAGAAGAAGAGCCAUACAGUGAUGAUGAACUGGACGAUGAUAGCCGUGAUGAGCGAGCGGACUUUUUCGCUUUUGGAAAUAGUCUCACCGUGAAAGAUGGCAUAUUGACUGUCGCCGACGAUCUUUUGAAAAACGACGGGAAACAUUUCAUUGACAUGAUGGAACAACUGGCCGAACGUCGAAUGCAACGUGAAGAAGAUACACAGUAUGGAAUGGUAGCUGCACAUCAAUCAUACCAUGCAGGACAUAACCAUGGACCUCUGGAUGAAGAUGAUUACGAUGAAGAGGAAGAAGAAGACUACGAUAGUCAAGAAGAAGAAGACUAUGAAGAUGAUGAAAUGGAUACGAUGACCGAAGAACAACGCAUGGAAGAAGGCAGACGGAUGUUCCAGAUAUUUGCGGCUCGAAUGUUUGAGCAACGAGUCCUGACGGCGUAUCGAGAAAAGGUUGCACAACAACGGCAGGAGUUACUUCUCCAGGAAUUACUGGAGGAGGAAACAUUAAAUGAACAGCGAUCCGCAAAGAAAGCCCGUGAAGCGCAAAAGAAGAAGGACAAGAAAAGGCAACAGAAACAAGCUAGAGAAGAAGAAAAGGCUCGAAGAGAGGCCGAAAAGGCUGCUGAAGAAGCCGCCGCUCGUGCCCUUGAAGAAAAGAAGCUGGAGGAACAGAGGCGGAAGAAGGAAGAGCUGCGAAAGAAGAAAGAGGCCGAGAAGAAAGCCCAAGAAGAAGAGCGCUUACGAAAAGAGGCAGAAAAACAGAAACGACUGCAGGAGGAACGUGAACGUCAAGCCGAAAUCGAGCGAAAGCAGCGGGAGCAGAAGGAGCGCGAACGUAAAAAGCGUGAAGAUGCCAAAAGGAAAGAACGAGAAGAACGCGAAUCCAAGGAAAAGGAACUGCGAGAGAAGAAGGCAAAAGAGGAACUUGAUCGCAAACUCCGAGAAGAGCAAGCCGGUCGCGACGCAGACACAACUCUCAAACCGGAGCCAAUAGGUAAAGAGCGUAGUCAAUCACAAUCGUCGUCACAGCCUGCAGCAGCCGUCCCUAUGCGAACAUCACAACCAGCUCCAGGUGCGACCUUUAUACCUCCAGGUUUCCAAAGCCCGCAGCAUAGGCCAGUUGCGAGCUCACCCCAUUUCCAAGUUGCGACGCCAAUUAUUCACAAAACUGCGACUCCCGCUCGUCCACGCCAGCCUUCACAGCACGGAUCGCAUGCCUCAUCCCCGCGUUCCCAAACUGCCGGCGGCCCAGAGACGCUUUCAUCUCUUUCGCCGCAGACCCUAUCUCUGUCACAGCGAUCCGGCACCCCAGUCAGUGCGUCGGGGAAAAUUGGUCUCUCACAGCAAUCUAUUCUCCAUCACCCACAGCCUUCAGCACCUCUUUCACCCUUGGGCGGUGCUGGUAGGUCGCACCCACUAGGUUACCCGACUGUAAAUGGAUUGCCAUCCCACCCUCCUUCCGGCAUGACUGGAGCAACAACACGCCCAAUUGGCAAUGAGAAUAUUGCAAUGUAUCCUCCUCACUCGGGACCCAUUGGCGGCCAAUACAGGGGAUUUCCUGCACCGAAUGGGGUUAUCUUACCACCAGGAAUAGGCGGUUCUCGGCCAAUACCUGUUUCGAAUCGUGGGUUUCCUUCUUUAGAUCCAGGCCACAACCUGGCAUUCAGUGGCCAGGCAGCGGCCCCCGGUAUCAUUCCGACAGCUCAAUCAACAGGAAGAAGCGCUACACACUCUCGCCAAGCUUCCGGAUCCUUUGAUAGACCAUCUGCAGAGGGUCAAUCAAUAAAUGCCCCGAUUUCUCGACCGACGCCUAUAAAACGACUCUCAAGUCCACAGAAAGUCGAAGGAAAGUCCAAUGAUUUGGAUAUCGAUGGUUUGAGUGCACAAUUGGGUAGUAGCGCGCUGCUUGACGACUCGGAUGUCCCGUUUCCAACAAGCUUAUCACAAUCCCUUCCAGGAGCACCAGCCCCCAGUGGAUUCGGUCUAUCUCGUGCGAGCUUCGGUGCUGCACCUUUUCCUGAUCCCUUAAGUCCGGUAAAACACCCAAGUUUUUCUGGACAAGGGAACAACACCUGGGCUUCUCAAAGCCCAUUUGGAGUGCCCUUUGCAACAUCUUGGAAUACAGGAACGGGUGGCGGUACAUGGCCUAGUCGUCCGUUUGGCGCUGGUGGCAAUCAUCGUACGCACGCCUCUCGGCCCGUCGCAAUUCGACUGUUGGCGAUCCAGGCGAUAAAGCAUCUCAACUCUCUGAGUCCUUCGAAACUUGCCCCUGGAUUCCACGAAGUCAACCGUCUGCUUCGCCAGGUGGAACAGCUCAAGUCACCUAGCGAGCCACCCAUUACUUUGAACGAGAUGAUCGACAUUUUCGAUACAGAAGGCAGUUCACAGAACGGAGGCGGGUCGUUUAUCAUCAAAGAAGAUGGAAGUGGAAGUCGUUAUGUCAAGUUCGAUCAGGAUAGCAGCAGUCCGUUGUCGAAUCAUCGCGGCAGUUUUGUACCAGGAGAUAUCGGUAGUCCGGUUCCUGUUAGCAGCAUACCAGCUGCAUUCGGCGGAAUAGGCACUGCGCCGGGUGUCCGGCAGUUCUCAUCUCCAACGAGCUUCUAG